AUGGGUGCAAAUGACAACCCUUACAAAGGGGCCCAAACUGACUUCAAUGAUCACCUAGGGGAUGUAAUCAAAGACAAUUUUCCCCUAAAGUUUUCAUUCGAACAAAGAGAUAGUUCUGAGAUAUCAAGACCUCAAGGAGUGAGGAGUAAAGUGACUCAGAGACUGGCAAAAUCAACCCCAGCACCUCCUCCUUACUUAAAAAACGCGAAAGACGCGAUGAAAGUCAACCCAACCGUUCAACCAUUAAACGUAUUGAUUAACCAUUCAAGCUCGGUUCAAACGACCUCUUCGCCUGCACAUCUGGCUCCUCAGUCUUGUCUUUUACAACGUAAAGAUAAAUCCAGUGUAAACGCAGCCAAUGGUAUGACAGGCUUAACGCGUCGUGCUUUAAUGGAGCUUUUUCCAGUAUCCUCAGCAGGCACCUUAACAACACCGCCCAUUGCCACUGGCUCUUCGCCGUACUCACAGGAUACAACAAUAAAUGCUUGGGCUAAAGCGUCAGCUCCGAACAACAGUGUUGGUAACGACGUCCCGUAUCCGUUUACUCUUGGGCAAGGCCAGAAUGCCGCGCUUCUGCAGACAAGCCAAAUCGACAAUGCAGUACAGCGCCAGAGAAUACAUUCAGAGACAAGUCCUCCUUUUCCUCAAGAACCUGGAACUUCCGGUAAUACACCGCAAGAGAGGAAUUUUAACGUAGAUGAUGGAGCUGACAAUGAUACUGGUAAUACCAGAACUCAGAUGAAAGCACGCCUAAUGUAUGCGCUAUACAGUAUUCAACGCCUGCUGAUGCAAACAAAGUCCACGGAGGAACAGCAGAUGUGCAUUCGGUUACUAACAGCCGUUUUACACGAAACCAAAGUAUUUCUGGGGACGCAAGUAUAAAGGCACGAUGGAGCGGAACCGUUUGUUAUUUAUCGCAUGGGAGGGGAGGGUUGGAGUUGGAGAAUUUUAAUCGUAACACAAUAUAAUUCACCUGAUCCCUCCACAAGGCUCUGUAAUGUUCUUAACAUACCCCUCCCCCUCCCCCUCCCCCCCCCCCCCCCCCCCUCCCCUACCCCUACCCCUACCCCUACCCUCCCCUCCCCUCCCCUCCCCCCCCCUCCCCCCCCCCCCCCCCUCCCCCUCCCACCAUUGGCAGUCAAUUUUCUAUAGUCCUCCCCUAAUAUUCUGAUGGUGACUGAUCCCCUCCUCCACACCCACUGAAAACCAUGUGAUCCCCAAUCCCCCUCCCUCUCCCGGACGACAGAUAACGACCGCUCCCUAUUUUUGAUGAGCUGAACUGAAUGAUUCAAUGAACAAAGAGGGUCUCGAUGAGGUUAAACGUUAGCCAUAAAAUGGCCAAAAAGAGCUUAGCCGUCAGGCGUAAAAAUUGGCAAAUUUUAACUUUUAGUCGUAAAAAAAGGUAACCGUAAAAAAAAUUUCUGUUUACAACAAAUGGAAAGAAAUCAAUAAACUUAGGACAAUUUCAACCGUAAACCGUAAGGGCCGUCACCCCAUUGGGAACCUCAAUAAAACAAAGCCUUGCGUUUUCGUACAUUUCAAUGCCGUUCUCCAAAUAAUAAUGAUAAUUAUAACUUUAUCCGAGUGAGUGAAAACCAGCGGAAAAAUUAGGUAUGUUAUAAUAUUAAAUUAUCUCGAAUUAUGCUCUACAGGUAGAAUCUGUCGUGUAAGGUAAGAUGUAACAGACGACUAAGGAUACCAACCUACUUUGCGCUCUGAAAAUUAAGCUUCAGUCUACAAGGUUCGAUGAACUUCUUUCUAUCGAGCUAUGAAGUAUGUUAUCGAAAUUGAUUGGGAAUCAUUAUAAAAUCGACAUGGUAUAACUAACUAGAAACUUAAAUGCUCCGGAGACAUCGAGACAUCAGUGUGCCCUGAAGAACUCACCGAUAAGGAAUCUUAUGGAGAUACCCAAAGAGUAAAACAAUGGAAAGAUUUAAGAUAAAUUGAGAAAAUUUCGGUUUGUAGUCAACCCGUGUAAUCGGAGGGACAAGACAAAAAUUGGAAUUAUGCAGUCUACCUUUCAUCUAUAAAAUUACUGUGAAAAUAUUACAAUAGUGGUUUUAAACAUAUAUACUUUUCUUGUUUUUGUUUGAUCCAUUCAAGAAUUAAAGGAAAAGUAAUCGAAAUCAGAGAGUUUAUCGUUCACGGAUGCAGCAAGGGCGUAGCCUUUUGAUAGUUGAAGUGACCUGGGAUGAUGUGAAGAUGAGAUUUGUUGUAUUAGUUCUUCAUCGAUUGAGAAUCAUCAGAGUAAAACGACACGCUAUGACUAAUUAAAGACUUAGAUGGUCCAGAAACAUAAAGAGUGCCAGAGUUGGAAAUCUUAACCCGCUUACGAGUUAUUAUUACGAGGAAUUAUGCAGUCUACCCUUGGUCUGUGAAGAUACCGCGAAAAUAUUGCAAUAGUGGUAUCAAAAUAUAUAUUUUCCUUGUUUUCUGUUGGAUCCAUUUAAGAAUUGAAGGAAAAGUUGGCGAAAUCAGAGAGAGUUUGUCGUUCACGGAUUCAGCAGACGUGACUCCUAUUCCAAUUAUUAUUAAUGAUGUCAUGGCUCCAAGCCCAAGGGCGUAGCCCUAGAGUAGUUCAAGUGACCGGGGAUGACGAGAAGCUGAGGUUUUAAGGCGUCCUCAGUUGGGAACUCCUUUCUAAUGCAUUUUUUCCUUUUUUACUCACGACGCUUACCUCAAAAUAUAGCGAAGAUCAAAGUCUUUUCAAGGGAUAAUUCAAACUGAAUAAUAUUAAUGACCUUCUUGUCGCUACUUUUGGUAGUAAUUUUGAUCCCGUGCCCUGCCUACUAUGAAAGUAUUCUCCGACAUCCGAAAUGUCCGUCUGUGUCUUUUGGGUUUAAUAAUUUCGAAUUGGACCGCUACUAAGAGAAAAUCCCUUGAUUUUCUCUUGCCGCCAGUUAUCGUUAAAAAGUAAAGAAAGCCAACAAAAAGAGGAUAAAUCGGAAAAAUCGUUUACCUAAUUGUUGUAAAUGUUCAGUCAGGUUAAAAGAAUCUCAAACGAAUGUCGCUUGCGCUGUUAAGUAUAUCAAAGCUCACUUCCAUGGCAACACCCACCAGACCAUAAAUAAUUUGCAUUUCAGUCACGUAUUUUACUAAAUUAGCACCUAUGUCUGGCUGAAAGAAUAAGAUUUCAUUGAGUUAUUGUGAUAAUUCAAUUGAGGCGUAUUUUCGAUCGAAGGUUAUUCUUUAGAAGUAAAGAAUGGACAAAGCAGACAAGGUUCAGGGUUUUGUCUUAAGAAGGUAGAUCAAAUCCAGCUCUUUCCUUCUUUGACCCAGUGAAGUUGUAAGACUGAAUAGUUCUUUUACGUGAUCUUACCGUAGAAAAGCGAACAACGGUUACAAUUAACUGCAACACUGAGUAAAAAUUUGACGCAGAUUUCAGUUUCAGUAGACUAGUAUUUAGCUGCUAAUUUACGGCCGCGCUCUUUAUUCAUUUAAUAAUUGACAAAGCAUCAGCAAAUACGUUCAAUAUCGCCCGACCGUUUCAAUCGCAGACUGAUAAAAUCAUUUUCUUGUCAUGCAGAAUGGUGUAUGGAACGACAUAGAAUAUUUUUUUUCCCUUUGUUUGUUUCAAGGGCAAAACUUCGGUUCUAACAAGAGGGGCGCAGCUCUAGCACUAGGUGAAGAAGGAGAAUGCCAAGGUGAAAGAUAUUGGGUGGGUAAGAAAACGAACUUGCAAGCCACCCUCUUUUCCGGACUUUAGGAGCUACACAUUUGCGUCACAAAAUUUCGACUAGCUUUACAUUUGCAAACAUUACCAGUUUGGAGGAAAAUGCACAAUAUUGGUUCAGUGAUUCGGCAAAAACUGCAAAGGGGCGACAGUAAGCCCAGAAAAAAAAAAGGAGGCCAAGCAUACGAAAUAUUUGAGUAGAUCGAUCGCAGACGGUAGAUUGGAAACCUUUGUGCUCCAUUUGUUCGGUUACAAAGUUUUCACUAUUAUCACAUUACUUAACAAGGGAUGAACAGUGACUCGACCGUUCCAUGCCAAAAGUCAGUAUUGCAUAAUUGCCCAGCGGUUGGCUAAAUAUUAGAGUUGCACGGCCUUUCAGCCGUGCCAUGAUGACUUCGCUUUCAGUAGCGUUCUAAAGGAAAAAAUAUUGGAGGUGAAUUGAUGGAAUCAAUUUCGUUUGUUAGCUGUUUUACUCUAGUUAGGGUGUGAACUUCUGUUUAAAGAAAACUUAAUUUCACGUCUUACGUUAAUUGGCUCUCGAGAACCACAAAAACACUUCACUUUAUUUUUCUAGGCGCAUCCGACCUCAAUCUAAUUUGUAUUGAUAAGUGACGCGUCACCAGCAUCUGCAUUUAUCCCAUUUGAAAAAAUUCACGCAAAAAAAAACAAACAAACAAACAAAACAAACAUAAGCUUUUGAACGAAAAAAUUUCUUGGCGUAAAUAUUGAAAUUACCCUUGCAAAAAGCAAGUUAUAGGUUGCGAACAGGUUUUAUCAUCUAAAGAUGAAACUAAAUUCACUUCCUGUGGGCGAAUUUUGGUUAUAUUUAGUCAUCCUGUCACGUUAGCUUCGGCUCAAACCACGCACCAUUCGGAAGGGUUAGUAUUUCAGUUGAAGUGGUAACUUGAGUUUAAUGAAUCAGACCAGAAAAAGAAUUGAUUUAAAACAGAUAAAAAGAGUAGGCCUACUCGGCUUUCGUUGGUCUUUGCCUAGCAUAAAUUCUUAGAUUGUAUUUUCCUUUUCUUAAGGGAAAACUGUAACGAAUUACGUUACAUUUUCGUUGCAGCUUUCAGCCUGACUGCUUCACGCGAUAGGACUGGCAAAGGAUGUGAGGCACGCGUAAACGCCCCGCAGCAACCAUUACAAUAACAGUCGAGAUCCGAUUUAUCCAACCUCCCGGGGACAAAGGAAAUUGGUGUAAGUUACGGAGAAACCAGAUCAGUUCCGAAACUAUAUGGAGUUCGGAAAGACCGUGGGUUCAUGGAAGAGUAGAUAAUAACAAACUUAUUGCCCGGCGAAGCCCUUCCUCAGAGCAUAAUAAGGGUAAGAUUCAUAACAACAAAAGCUUAGAUAUCUGAAACAUCUAUGACUAUAAGAAAAGUAUGCACCCACGCAAUUAAUUUUGUGGGCUUGUUAUAGAAUCGUCAUGCAACGAAAUCUACCUGCACUCUGAAUCAAUUUCGGAUAGCGGCACUGUGGAAAUAGGAGGUUGAUGUGAGUGGACCAAGAAACCAGGAUUUUAACCAUAUUCUUUCAUAUAUUUAGACAAUGGAAGUUCGAUAUUUUAAAAUUUAAGGUCAGUCUCUGUAAAACGGAACCGGUUGGUGCGUGUGAGUCAUACCCCGGAAGUAAAUUGCUCGGAAUUGCUCAUUCGAAAAUUCCGCAUUUUUAACAACCAGAUAUCGCUAUAUGCCUCAACAAUAAGAGAGGGUGCCUAUAAAAAAAAGCUUACAAAUGCUGAACGAGUGGUCUUUCUUCAGUUUCUCGAGCAGGUAACAUUCAUCCUAAAGGUGUGUAUUCCCGUUUGCCAAAUUUGGAGUUUGAUAUCAGCAAUCAGAAGGUGAGCCUGUCUUCACAUCUCUCAGUGCCUUAUAAUACCUUAUUAUCUAUCUUCGUUUCGCUUUAACUGUGAUUGCAACUGGGCUCUUGUUCAGUGAAAAAUUAUUUAACCCUACUGCUUGCAACUUUUUGCGGGUAUCAUGUGCUGGCUUGUUUAGCUCGCGCUAAAAAACAACGGUUGUUUACAUCUUAGCCCGGGCUGGCAAACGUCCGAAUUUGAUCGCCGUGGGGUAAAUUUACCUCAGAUCUGUAAAAUAAUCUCACUUGGCAAAUAUUGCAUGAUCGUGACGAUCUCGUGCGUCGAUUUCGUCUGGUUAAGAGAAAAUUUUCUCUCCGGCAGUGCAGAUACCCUCUUAGACUUCUUGAGCUCGUUAACUCGCUCUCGUGAUCAAAAGAUAGUUCAUAUAGAUCCAGCUUCGAUGGUGAAGAGUGCUUUGAAAUUCGACGCUUAAAGCAAGAGGAUCGAUAGUUCGGUGAUAUUCAAGUCUUUUUUCGAUUGAACGAUUUUAAAUUUCAAGUAUCCGAUCGACCUCCUACGUGUAAUUGUUACGUGCUGCUCCAAGCUCAAAGGGGCGGGGUGGAUAUUACUUGAGACGGACGAUGUUCUCGGGCGUGCUGUAUGGGUGUAUGUUCGAAAAUGGUAGCUGAAUCUGUUUUAAUUUUUAAAAUUGGCAGACAAGAAUUGCGUGUCUUGAGCGAGCGAGCGAGCCAUUGUUUUAAACCAGGCAUGAAUAACAAUACACUACAAAUCCCACGCAGUUGUCAACUUAUUCACAGUCACCACGAAUAUUAUAACUUCUAGUUUUUUUUCCUGGCUUUAGACCAUAGCCUUACAAAUCAAAAAUGUUAGUGACGGGAGGUACCUCAAACACGAUCUUGUGUCUUUUGCAGAGUCGUAAAGAAAUUCUGUUUUAACUUUAAAAGCAUUUUAAGGUCUAGGUUCCUUCUAGGAAGCGAUAAUUGUUUCCGGUAAUUUGAAAGUUUAUACUUUCCUAGCUCAUUUUCGUUUGUGAAAAAGUACAAAUCCUUGUAGGGAGUCUAAAAGUUAAACUCUAGCUAGCCAAACUGUGGAAGUAUAGUUCAUAAGACAGCGGUUUAGCUUUUUCAGAAAUAUUUGUAAAUAUAGUCAUCUUCUAGGCAGGAAAUAACUACGUUUCUACUACGUAAAGAUAUUUUCGCUUUGAAAAGAAAGUCUUUCAAGAAAUUCUUCUUUCCGAUAAGCGUCAAUCUAUUUCAAGCAUGGAAAACAUUUCCGUAAGGUUUGCGUUGUGUCGAAUAAGAUGGUGAUGUUUCUGAGAAAUGUUUUGAGAUUCGACCGGAAACUGACUUGUAAGUUGUUAACGAAGGCAAAAACCUCUAUAGAUAGGUUGCAAGCGGCUUUUUUUUGUCAACGAGUGAUCAGACGCUAACACGCUUAAUGCUAUGUAUUGAUCCACUUAUUUGCUUAUUUAUUUCUUUAUUUGAAAUUGGAUAAGUUGAUUCAUUGGUAGAUUUAGGGGCAACAAUCACGAACAUCAAGGGAAAUCAGACGUAUCCGAAAAAAUAUGAAACUUAGGGGACCUCAAUAACUCACAAUGGAUUUGGCUUUUCUAGAUCGUCGCGAGUUACGUCAUGAUGGCAGGACAGGAAACCACAAACACAAAAGAUGCAGCUGCCGUACAAGGACGGUUUAAAAGUUCCCUAGAACUUCUAGAACACACUUUAAAUUGUUGGAACCCCGAGUGUCCACUUCCACAUUGUGUGAACAUGAAGUUGACGAUGAAACACACACAGGGCUGUAAAAAGACCCAGUGCCAGGUGUGCCAACGCAUGAAAAACCUCGCUAUAAAACACGCUGAAUCGUGCGAUGACGUUUACUGCUGCAUACCCUUUUGCAUGGAAGUAAAACUUAAAGAGUUCGUGGCGUCUCAGAUGGCGGACAGCAACACCUUGGACAAGAGCCAGCAUUGGAAAAGAAGAGUUGUUACCGAUGACGAAAGGAACGACCUUGUCACACCAAACUCCUCUCCCUCCAAGAAUGUAAGGAAAAUGAGCGCACCUCAUCACAUCGACAGCUGUUCUUCGGUGAAUAGUAGCGACUUAAAAGGUGAUUUAAAGCAUCAUUUUGUAAAGUCUUACUCUAUGAAAGUUAUUCGAAUUGAAAUAUGAAAGAAUUGAAUUUGCAAGACUACGAUGUAGUUUAAGUAUAUAUGUAUGUUAAACAGGAAUGCCUAUCAAAGGUCCUGAUUAAAGUGAUGAUAAUCUAUUUCAAACUGAGUAGCCACAUUGGUAACGAAUUCGCAACUGUUGUUAGCUGCCUUGGUGGGCCCUGCGUAAAGGCAACGAUUUGAUACACGGAAACCUCAUGUAAUUUAAAAUUGAAGAAUUCAUAGCUAAGAAAGAAAAGGACACAGUACAUAAAAGUGGGUUCAUCAAUUUUUAAACAACGUCAUGCAAAAAGGGAAAAUCUAAUGACCAUGAAGUUAUUUCCUGUCGGAAUAAAGAAAUGUAUGUUUCUUGGUUUCGAAAUUUGAAUUUUUUAUUAGUGUGUUAAAAUAGUUCGACAUGUAAGCAAGGUUGCUUUCUGUAAUGCCCUCAAAACUGUGUUAAAAACUUGAAAUCUCCGCCCAUUUCUGACCGAUUAGGGACUGUGUAAUAAUUAUCAGGAGAAGGGGGAUGGGGGGGGGGGUGGUAUAAAGAGGGGGGGGCACCAUGUUAACUUAUGGCCAUCUGAUUGAGGACCUUAAAAACUGCUUCAAAACAAUUAUUAAUUACUGUUAUCUCUUUGCUAAAUUUUUUAUGCAUAUACACUAUGUUUAUUCAUAUCAAAUCAGUCCCAAAAAGUAAUGAAUAUCAUUUUAGUAAGAUAGUUGGGGUAUUUGAAUCAUUCAGUCAGCUUUUCAGCAGCUGUCCCCCCCCCCCCCUCCCCCUCCCCCCCUCCACUUUCACAGAAAAUCACAUGUUGUUGUUUUACCGCCCUCCGCCUUACUGAUAAUUAUUGUAGAGCCCCUUAAAAGCAGAAUAUAUUAUUAUUACUUUAGCUCUAACAAACUAAGUUACGUUUAUAAAAGUUGAAAAUAGAAAAACUUUUGUGGAUUUGUAGGUGGAAAGACAGCUGUCAAUCGCACAGCAUCAGCAAAUGAAUUCUCGUCUCCAUUGAGGCUCAGGACUUACACCUAUCCAACUGAUCAACAGAAGAGGGGACAUCCUCUUGUUUCACCAACCAGCUCUGCGCCGUUUGUGAAAUCUUCACGUCUGGAGCAAAGUAGGAACCACCUUGGUGCAAACGAAACGGUUACUCUGACAACCACCCAGCUCGAUGCUUCCACAGGACCUCUUUCUGCUUCCGAAGAGGGUCCGAUAACGACGAAAAUUCAGAAAACGUUCACUCCUUUACUUGCGGAAAAAGUAGAUGUGCAAGAAUAUACAGGGACGCAACAGCAAGGUAUGUCCUCUCUUCUUCCAGACAGGAGUUUUCAGAGCUGUCAAGCCACGCAAGCUGCCAAUACAGAAAUUCGUGGGGGAACAGAUCAGCUCAAUACCUACCCCUUCUCUACUAAUGUGGACGUUUCCAACUGUAGUGCACCGAUGGCACAGAGCGUCGGCGACAACCCAUAUGGCGCGAUGAGAGGAAAUCAAGGGAGCAACGGUAAUGCUGUUUUGAAAGCACGCCUUAUGGACGCAUUGAAUAAGCUUUUAGGUCUGGGCCUGCAACGAUUGGAAACGAAAGAGGAGCUUGUGAUAUGCAUUAAGUCGUUGAGGAAAGCUGUCGAGGAGAUCAAAGCUCUGGAGUAG